CUGACACACUGAGGGAGAACAGCCGUGUGGUGUCUCUGAAGCGUGUUCAGCUCCAACUGCAGGUGACUUCACACAGAUCUACAUCAGCAGAUACUAACUCCCACAGAAAUCUGACCAUGAAGCUGCCAGCGGUCUUCAUCGUUCUCCUCCUCGCUCCUGCGUUGACCAGCUGCACGGAGCUCAUCCAGCCGAGGGACUGCAGCGACAUCCGCCACCAGGACAGAAGCCAAAGCAGCGGCGUGUACACCAUCUAUCCCCUUGGAGAAAGGUCUGCGGUGCAGGUGUACUGUGACAUGGACUCAGAAAGAGGAGGCUGGACGGUGUUCCAGAGGAGGAUGGACGGCACGGUGAACUUCUACAGACCCUGGGAUCAAUACAAGAUGGGCUUUGGUGACGCUGCUGGAGAGUACUGGCUCGGUCUCGAUGUGAUCAACAUUAUGACAUCCAAGGAAAAGAGUGAGCUGCUGGUGGACAUGGAGGACUUUGAAGGGAAGAAAGUGUUCGCUCGUUACUCUUCAUUUAAGGUGGAUGCUGAAUGUGACGGAUACAAACUGACUGUUACUGGAUUCAAGAACGGAGGCGCAGGAGAUGCCCUGAGUUUUCACAACGGACAGAAGUUCGCCACAUUUGACAAAGACCACAACAGCUGUGCAAAAUCCUUUCUGGGGGCGUUCUGGUACAACGCCUGUCACUAUGCAAACCCUAACGGGGUUUAUCGUUGGGGGGCAGAUGGUACUAUCUAUGCUGUUGGUGUGGACUGGUACCAGUGGAAGGGUUAUAAUUACUCUCUGAAGACCAUCAGCAUGAAGAUCCGUCCUGUGCAGUAAAUCUGCAGAACAUUUCGUGUUUAUCUCUCUUUUCUCUCCUUUAUCAUGUAGUCCCAGACAAUCUUUAACUUUCAGAGUCAGUCGAUGACGUAAAUAUCUCAGAAGAGCAGUCAGAGUGUGAGUGAGCUGCUGUCAAACAGCUGCAGGUGGAGUGAAAUGAUGGACGGAGACCAGUUUGAGCUGAUGAUUUCUCAGAAGCUCUCGGUUGGUCCAGAUGUUCCUCAGUCUGCAGCUCAGCACGCUCAGAUUUAACGUCUCACUGACUGUUUGGUGGAGGUCUGAUAGCUGGUGUGAAUCAUUAUCUGCUGUAUCCUGAUAAUAAAUGAGAAGCAAACAGC